CAAUGGGCGGCUGCGCCGUGGCGGACGCGGGGUGCGCGCGCGGGCGGGAGAACUGCGGCCCAGCUCAUUCACGGCCAUGGAGGCGCCCGCAGCCCGCCUGGUGCAGCUGCUGCUGCUGAUCGGGGCCUGGGCCCCGACGCCGGGCCGCGCCUCCGCGGAGGCGCCGCCGCUGGUCAACGAGGACGUGAAGCGCACCGUGGACCUGAGCAGCCACUUGGCCAAGGUGACGGCCGAGGUGGUCCUGGCGUACACGGGCGGCAGCUCCUCGCCCCGCGUCGCCUCCUUCCUUCUGGCUCUGGAGCCCGAGCUGGAGGCCCGGCUGGCGUACCUCGGCGUGCAGGUGAAGGGAGAGGAUGAGGAAGAGAACAAUCUGGAAGUACGAGAAACCAAAAUUAAGGGUAAAAGCGGGAGAUUCUUCACCGUCAAGCUCCCAGUUGCCCUUGAUCCCGGGGCCAGGAUGUCAGUCAUUGUGGAAGCCGUUUAUACCCAUGUGCUUCAGCCAUAUCCAACCCAGAUCACCCAGUCGGAGAAACAGUUUGUGGUGUUUGAGGGGAACCAUUAUUUCUACUCUCCCUACCCGACCAAGACACAAACCAUGCGUGUGAAACUCGCCUCCCGAAACGUGGAGAGCUACACCAAGUUGGGGAACCCGACGCGCUCCGAGGACCUCCUGGAUUACGGACCUUUCCGCGAUGUCCCUGCCUAUAGUCAGGACACUUUUAAAGUACAUUCGGAGAACAACAGCCCUUUCCUGACCAUCACCAGCAUGACCCGAGUCAUCGAGGUCUCCCACUGGGGUAACAUUGCUGUGGAGGAAAACGUGGACUUGAAGCACACGGGGGCUGUGCUGAAGGGGCCUUUUUCGCGCUAUGAUUACCAGAGACAGCCAGAUAGUGGAGUCUCCUCCAUCCGUUCUUUUAAGACCAUCCUUCCUGCUGCUGCACAGGAUGUUUAUUAUCGGGAUGAGAUUGGCAAUGUUUCCACCAGCCACCUUCUUAUUUUGGAUGACUCCGUAGAGAUGGAAAUCCGGCCUCGCUUUCCUCUUUUUGGCGGGUGGAAGACCCAUUACAUCGUCGGCUACAACCUCCCAAGCUAUGAGUACCUCUAUAAUUUGGGAGACCAGUAUGCAUUGAAGAUGAGGCUUGUGGACCACGUGUUUGAUGAACAAGUGAUAGACUCUCUGACUGUGAAAAUCAUCCUGCCAGAAGGGGCCAAGAACAUCCAAGUGGACAGUCCCUAUGAGAUCAGCCGAGCCCCUGACGAGCUGCACUACACCUACCUGGACACGUUUGGCCGCCCCGUGAUCGUGGCCCACAAGGAAAACCUGGUGGAACAGCACAUUCAGGACAUGGUGGUGCACUACACCUUCAACAAGGUGCUCAUGCUGCAGGAGCCCCUGCUGGUGGUGGCUGCCUUCUACAUCCUGUUCUUCACCGUCAUCGUCUACGUCAGGCUGGACUUCUCCAUCACAAAGGAUCCGGCUGCAGAAGCCAGGAUGAAGGUGGCCUGCAUCACAGAGCAGGUCUUGACCCUGGUCAACAAGAGACUAGGUCUCUACCGUCACUUUGACGAGACAGUCAAUAGGUACAAACAGUCCCGGGACGUGUCCACCCUCAACAGUGGCAGGAAGAGCCUGGAAACGGAGCACAAGGCCUUGGCCAGCGAGGUGGCGCUGCUGCAGUCCAGGCUGAAGACGGAGGGCUCCGACUUGUGCGAUAGAGUGAGCGAAAUGCAGAAACUGGACGCACAGGUCAAGGAGCUGGUACUGAAGUCGGCAGUGGAGGCCGAGCGGCUGGUGGCUGGCAAGCUCAAGAAAGACACGUACAUCGAGAAUGAGAAGCUCAUCUCGGGAAAGCGACAGGAGCUGGUCACCAAGAUCGACCACAUCCUGGAUGCCCUGUAGCCCUGCACUUCCAGAGGGCAGGGUGGGAGUGGUGAACAUCAAGGCCGGCAAAUGCUGGCUUCUGUAUUUUGCAGAAGGCCUUCAAGGAAGAAAGAAGCCAGGCUCUGCCUCAGGCAAUACAAGAAGCUUAGUUUUUGUCCCUAAAAUGUUCAUUUAAAAAAAAACAAAAACAAACUUAAAUGUCAUUAAAAACAAAAUAUUUUUGUGUUUUGAACAAAGAAAUUUUUGAGUUGGUUUUAUUUGUUCUGAAGCCUAGGAUAUUCUUUCCACCUGUAAGCCCCUUGUUUUAUGCCCUUCUAAUUCCUGAUGUUUGGGUAUUUUACAGGUGUGUAUGUUUUUUAAAGCAUGUGUGACCGAAUGAAAAUAAAGCUGGAACUGUGAACAUC